AUGCCGACUGUCUUUAUGGCGGAGUUGGUGCGUAAGAAGACAGCACAGACACUGCGUGAGUUGCUGCCGCAUGUUGUUGCUGCUCGUUCUGAACCCCUUGCAGCAGCAGCAACAGCAGCAGCUGCUGCUGCUGCUGCGAGGAGCAGCGCGAGCAGCAGCAGCAGCAAGGGAGACGAGACGCUGCUGCUCCCGCUGCAGUGGUCAGACACAAAGUGGCUGGAAUCUAUCAGCUGGUGCAUGCGGCCCCUUGCAGCAGAAGCAGCAGCAGCAGCAGCAGCAGCAGCAGAAGCAGCUGCUGCUCGCGCUGCUCCUCGCAGCAGCAGCAGCAAGGGAGAGGAGACGCUGCUGCUCCCGCUGCAGUGGUCAGACACAAAGUGGCUGGAAUCUAUCAGCUGGUGCAUGCGGAGACACCUGAACUCACAGCGAGCUGCGGGGGCCCUCAAGGCGGGGCUGCUGCAGGAGCUGACGGGGCCCCUGCAGUUUGAGCCUGCAGCAGCAGCUGCUGCAGUGGAUGCUGCUGUUGCUGCGUUGCUGAGUGUACAUACGCAGCAGCCGCAGCAGCCGAAACAACUGCAGCAACACCAGCACCAGCAGCAGCAGCAGCAGCAGCAGCAGCAGCAGAAGCAGCAGCAGAAGCAGCAGCAGCAGACAGAAGCUGCUGCGAUGCAGCAACUGCUAGAGAGCUGCCAAGACUUCAUUGCCCUCAACACAACAGACGAGGGGUUGCUGCCGCCUCACUUCUCCCCAGCAGGAAAACAGAUUGAGAUUCGGUGUCAGGUGGAUGCAUCGCAGCAGCAGCAGCAGCAGCAGCAGCAGCAGAAAGAGCAGCAGCAGCAGCAGCAGCAGCAGCAGCAGAAACUGCAGCAGGACGAUGAAAAACGCACACAGGAAACACUACAGAAGGAGAAAGAUAGAUUUGUUGCUGCACUGAAUACACUCAUCAAUAAAUACAAAAAGGAGACAGCUGGUGAUGCUCUGCUGCAGCUCGCAGGGGCCCUGAGUUCUCUCUGUCACAACACGGGGCUGCAUGCAGUUGCUGCUGAUAUCCUCCAGCAGCAGCAGCAGCAGCAGCAGCAGCAGCAGCAGAAAGAGGGGCAAGCAACAGCAGCAGCAACAGCUGUUGUAUUGUCUGAUGCAUGUGCUGCUGUUGCAGCAGCAGCAGCAGAUAUAGUCGGAGCAGCAGAAGACAGAGACAGACGCUGUCUCCUGCAGCUGCUGGGGGCCCCACAACACUUCACUGAUGCAGCAGUGCUGCUGCAUGCAGAAGAGAUAAAGAAACAGGAGAUAGAGGCAGCGGAGAGUCUCCUCGACUGUCACCCCACACGCUUGUCUGUGUCUGCUGCUGCGGGCCCCAACACAGAAAAAAAAGAACAUAUGUUGUCUUUGGGUUUUUAUUUACAACUCCCCCUCGAUGCUGCUACUGUCUCCUCUCUAGACAGCUGUCUCCUCUCGUCUCUGGGGGCAGAAUGCAUGCAACCAAAGCCCCAAAAAAGUAGUAAUAUAUCUCCUCCUCAUCACCACCAAACCCUCAUACUACAUAUUCUCUCGCCGCCGGGGGCCCUGUACCCUCUUGAGCCUCCUGUAGUAUGGGUGGGUGUAGGGGGGCCCCCCUCAAAGGGGGCCCCCUCAGGGGGGGCCCCCCUGCUGCAGCACGAACCCUCUCCUUACAGUGCUGCUGCUGGGGCCAUUCUGUGUGGUGCUUUUGCUGCUCACAACUCAGUUCGUCUCGCGCGUCCGCUGCAGCAGCUGCGUGCGAGUGUAUUGCCUCUUAGAGAGGAGGGGGGCCCCCCCGGGGGGCCCCCAGAGGGCCCUGGGGGCCCCCCAGCCCCGGGGCCAGGAGGGAUGGUGGGCCCCAAGCUGCUGAGUGUACUCGCGUCGCCUGCAUGCGAAACCACUAUCUCAGAUGUUGCUGCGCUGCUGCAUGCAGCCUGGCAGCUGGAGGCCCACUUCGAUGAGCUGCUGGCUAAGGAACCCGAGGGGCCCCGCGGGAUGCAUGCACGGUGGGUAGCGGCGGCGACGGGGGCCCCCUCCUCCCCCUUGUCUCCUGCAGCAGCAGCAGAACCACCAGCAGCACCAGCAGCAGCAGCAGCAGCAGCAGCAGCAGCAGCAGGAGGAACAGGUAAGAAGGAGACAGCAGCAGGUAUUGAACAGGAGGAGGAUAGACGACAGCAGCAAGACGGAAAAAGGGGGGGGGGCCCCAGGGUACAGCGUGAUGGUGUCUGGGAAAACGACUCAGCUGCCGCGCAUGUUACUGGAGGCAGCAGCACACAUCGCACUGCAGCAGCACACCUCCAACAGCAGCAGCAGCAGCAGCAGGAGCAGCAGCAGCAGCAGCAGCAGCAGCAGUAUAAGCAGAGAGAAGUUUCCUGCUUAUAUAGUUUCGCGCUAGACAAAGUCUCCGUGGUGGUGGUCGAUGAGCUGAAGGUGGUGGUGAUGAGCGCGUCUCUGGCGGUGGAGCAUUUUGCUUCUUACUUUCUUCCUGAGCGGCUGGUGACGCUGCAGAGCCACUGCAGCAGCAUGAGCCAGCAGCAGCGGCAGCAGCUGCUGUGGCAGCAGCAGCAGCAACGUUUGCUGCUCGAGGAGACAGGGAAAGGAGACAGCAGCGUAGAAGUUCUGAAGGUGCAGCAGCAGCAGCAGCAGCAGCAGCAGAAACGAGAUACAAAGGGGCAAAGCCUGCAGCAGCAAAGACAGAGUGGCGUGAGCAGCAACAGGAUAAUUUUUCUUGUUCUGGUUCUGCGGGUACAGACACAGCAGCAGCAGCAGCAGCAGCAGCAGCAGCAGCAGCAGCAGGAAUACCAUCUGCUGCAGCGUCUAGAGGGGGCAACAGACAGAGACAGCAGCAGCAGCAGCAGCAGCAGCAGCAGCAGCAGCAGCAGCAGCAGCAGCAGAAGGGGACAGCAAUCAUUGUCUUCUGCAGCGGGGUCGGUGAAGUCUCAGCUGUAUGUCGAGCUAUAG